AUGAAGUCGUACCAACAACAACAACAAGAGAACCCAUAUCCAAGAUACAAUAAAUCAUUUUCCCGAAGAGGAAGCAGCUACUACAUGAAUGUACAGCAAGAUCAAAGAUCUAGGAAACCUUCCUAUAUAUCCUUAAACCACUCGGUUCACAAUCCAAAUAUGGUUUACCAGCAUGAUCCUAAUGGGUCACAAUAUUUCGCCACGACUCAACAGGCCUAUUAUAUUCCAUCACCUCUUCCAAAUGCACCACCAACACCUUUUGAUACUGCAUAUGGUGCAACUUUAUUACCUUCUCAUUUAUUAAUGGGAUCUCCAUAUGUGUCUACCCCAAAUGGUAUCGUUCCGUCAUCUCAGCAACAAUCUCAAAUGUUUCUUUAUUCUCAAUCUCCAGCUGGAACACCAAAUAGAAAAUCAUUUUCCCAAUUAAAUUCAAUGUUGAAUCAACCUUCUUCAAGAUCAAACUUUUUCACAGAUUCAUAUAAUAACAGAUAUCAAAAUAAUCCUCAAACAAGAAUCCCCGAAGUAGAUCCAAAUGAAUUGUUCCAAAAGCCAUUUGUAAUUUCAUAUAAAUUACUACCGACUGGUGAUGAUGCAUAUAGAACUAGAUCACUCCUGUUUAGUAACGUUGCAAGUUCCAUUGAUUUACAUUCUUUCAUUUAUGAUUUCGUUCAAUAUUCUUCCAUUGAAAGUAUAUACCUCAUUUCAAAUACAGAUGAUGAGAAAGAUCAAGACAAUGAAAAUGACAAGAAUAAGAGAUCAAUCCUAUUGAGUUUUUUAUCUCGUGAAAUUUGUUUAUCAUUCUACAAUAAUGUUUUACAGAGAUUAAACGAAUUCAAAACUAAUCUACAAUCAAAAUCAUUAACUUUAAAUUUUGUUAUCUUAAAUUAUUUGGAAAAAACUGACGAUGGUAGCACCGCUAACAUUUCAAACAAUCAACUUAAUCAAAUUCAAGAGAAUGAAAAUGAUGUUAACACUAAUGAAUUUGAUUACAGAAAUUCAAUGAACACAGUCAAUGCAUUAAAAUUCGAUUUAAUUAAUCCAGAUGCAACCAGAUUCAUAAUGAUUGAAUUGAAAACAAAAUGUGAUAAAGAAACAUUAUUAAACAAACAUUUAUCAUUCUUAAUUGAUAAUAAAAAGAAUAUAAGAUAUAUUUUAGAAUCAAUCGAUCUAUUUAAUAUCAUCGAAAAUGAAAAUAGUAGCGAAAACAAAAGUAUAAUAGAAGCUAAAAAUGAAAAUGAAAAUUCACCUCAAGGAAAGGAAAAAGAUACUAUGGUCCAAAAAAGGAAACGAAAUAGAUCUAAAAGAACCUUCCCAAAUCACUAUGCUGUUUUAUCUUUUAUUAAUAUUUAUAUGGCAAUGGAAUUACGUGAUUAUUUGAAACUUAAUGGGUUAAAACAUGGUAUCACUAACGCAUCCUAUGUACAGAUCAAACAUGUAAAAAAGUCCUUAAAUUCUUCAAGCAAAAGAUCAUCAGUUACUAGUACAACUGAUAACAAAGAUAAAUCUGAAGUUGAUACCAAUGAAAGUGUCGAAGGAAAAGACAAAAAAAGUGAGGAAGCUAAAUCAUUUAAUAAUAAACUGAGUUCAAUAACUAUGUCAUCACCAGAUACAACAUAUGAAGGUGAAGAUGAUAUUGAUAUUGAUAUAAUUAUUUCAAAAUUACAAAAGUUGAAACUUAAAGAAACUAUUCAAGUACUCGAUAUUGCUACCUAUAAUACUCCACUGUUCCAAUCUCAUGACUCUCAUAUGGCCAAUAUUACCUUGUCAAUAGUUAAUCCAUUCGAAGCUCAAUUGAUGAGACCACCCCCAUCAAAUAUAGUAUCACCUGAUCAAAAUCAUGAAAACUUAUCUUAUCCCAUAUUACCACCCACACUACCUAGUAUUGAAAAAUUUCCAACAAGAGAUCAAACAUUGAAUCAAGAAACCUCAGGAAGAAGGUCAUUAUCAUCUUCAUCAACAUCAUUAUCUAAUUAUCAAGGACGAUCUAAUAGUAACAAUUAUAAUACGGAGGCUAAAGAAGUGAAAGAACAAAACAAAGGAGAAAGAAAUGAAGGUAUCUUUUUCGUUGAACAACCAACAUUUAACACUGAUCCUACAAUGUAUCCAAUCGUCAGAACAUUAGAAGACAAAUUUAAUACCUCAGCACAGGUUGCUUCUUCAAUGGGUGUGGAAAUGGGUAAUAGAACAAUUUAUAUUGGUAAUUUAAAUCCUCGUUCUAAAGCAGAAGAUGUUUGUAAUGUAGUGCGUGGAGGUAUUUUACAAAGUAUUAAAUUAAUUGCAUCGAAACGGAUUUGUUUUGUUACAUUUAUUGAAGCUUCUGCUGCAGUACAAUUUUAUGCAAAUUCAUUUAUUGAUCCAUUGAUUUUGCAUGGCAAUACUUUGAAAAUAGGUUGGGGUAAUUAUUAUGAACCAUUGUCUAAAUCCAUCGCACUCGCGGUGACCAUUGGGGCGAGUAGAAAUGUUUACGUCAGUUUACCUGAAUUUGCAUUUAAGGAUAAGUUUUUGAAUGAUCCAGAAUAUAAGGAAUUUCAUGAAAAAUAUAAGCUACCAAGUGAACAACAAUUAAGAUUUGAUUUUAAUAAGUACGGUCCCAUUGAACAAAUUAAUUACUUGAGUGAUAGCCAUUGUUGCUGGGUAAAUUUUAUGAAUAUUACAUCUGCCAUUAAAUUGGUAGAGGAUGUAAAUAAUAAUCCAAAAGAUAAUACAUUCUCCAAAAAAUUUAAUCACCGUUAUGAUGGAUUGAUUAUUAAUUAUGGUAAAGAUCGCUGUGGGAAUGUCAAUAGGAAUCUCAUAUCAAAUAAAAAUUCAAGACAUUAUAGAAAAGUUAAAAAGUUUUCGGAUAAUUACAAAUUAAGGCAGUUGCAAGAAAAGAGAAGAGUUGAACAAGAAAAAGGGAAGGAACUAAAUGGCGGUGUAAACGAUAAUAAAUUACCAAGUUUAGAUGCGUUAGGUAUAGGUCUUCAAAGAACUGCUCCCCCUGAGGAACAAAAGGUACCGGAAUCCAAUGAAGAUGAUGCAAAUUAUGAUUCUGCUGUAACGGAAUCUGACACAAAUACCUUCAAUGCACUUGGUUUCAGAAUACAAUCUAAUACUGACUCACAUGAUGAUGAACAAAAUGAUGAGAAAGGAGAGGAACAAGAAGAAGUUGAUGUAAUUGCCCACGCAGACGAUAUUAGUUCUGUUAAUUCAUCUGAUGUCGAAAUAAUUAUUGAUUGCCCGCAUAAUGAAAGUGAUACAAGCAUGAUACAAGAGAAAAAAAAGACGAUAAGAAAAAAUCAGCAAAAAAUAGAUAGGUUAGCAAAAGCAAGGAAUGCCAUGUUUCCAGAACACCGUGAAACUAUACCAGAUAUAAACAAUAAGUUAUUCCACGAUCGUAAGAAUAAAGAUAAGAAUAGAAGGAAACAGGUUCAGGGCGGGAUACAAGACCAAGAUCCUCACUUGUCUUCAACUGGAAAGCAACAAAGGGUGAUUCCUGGUGCUGAUGUGAUGGCUCAAUAUUUAACGCAACUUCAGCACUCUACUUUCAUGUAUGCUGCCAAUAUUUUAGGUGUGUCCGCAGAAGAUAAUACUUACUACGAUGAAGAAGAUACUACGUGA